ACACGAUGCGGCGAGUGGUGCGGCAGAGCAAGUUCCGGCACGUCUUUGGACAGGCCGUGAAAAACGACCAGUGCUAUGACGACAUCCGAGUCUCCCGAGUGACCUGGGACAGUUCCUUUUGUGCUGUCAACCCCAGAUUUGUCGCCAUCAUCAUAGAAGCGAGUGGGGGAGGAGCCUUCCUGGUGCUCCCUCUGCACAAGACGGGGCGAAUUGACAAAUCCUACCCCACAGUAUGUGGCCACACAGGACCAGUGCUGGACAUAGACUGGUGUCCACACAACGAUCAGGUUAUUGCCAGCGGCUCAGAGGACUGCACCGUUAUGGUUUGGCAGAUCCCAGAAAAUGGACUGACCCUUUCCCUGACCGAACCUGUGGUGAUUUUAGAAGGUCACUCGAAAAGAGUUGGCAUCGUCGCCUGGCAUCCGACAGCCCGCAACGUGCUUCUUAGCGCAGGAUGCGAUAACGCCAUUAUCAUCUGGAACGUGGGCACGGGGGAGGCCCUCAUCAACUUGGACGAUAUGCAUUCAGAUAUGAUUUACAACGUGAGCUGGAACCGCAACGGUAGCCUCAUUUGUACCGCGUCCAAAGACAAGAAAGUGAGAGUCAUCGACCCCAGGAAACAGGAGAUCGUGGCGGAGAAGGAGAAAGCACACGAGGGAGCCCGGCCCAUGCGCGCCAUCUUCCUGGCCGACGGCAAUGUCUUCACUACUGGCUUUAGCCGCAUGAGUGAGCGGCAGUUGGCACUCUGGAACCCGAAAAACAUGCAGGAACCAAUUGCUCUUCAUGAGAUGGACACUAGCAACGGGGUGCUGCUGCCUUUCUACGACCCAGACACCAGUAUCAUUUACUUGUGCGGGAAGGGUGACAGCAGUAUCCGCUAUUUUGAAAUCACGGACGAAUCCCCAUAUGUCCACUACCUCAACACAUUCAGCAGCAAGGAGCCUCAGCGAGGGAUGGGCUACAUGUCUAAGCGGGGACUUGAUGUCAACAAAUGUGAGAUCGCUAGGUUCUUCAAGCUCCAUGAGAGGAAGUGUGAGCCUAUCAUCAUGACUGUCCCCAGGAAGUCCGACCUCUUCCAAGACGACCUGUACCCUGACACGGCGGGGCCGGAGGCGGCGCUGGAGGCAGAGGAGUGGUUCGAGGGGAAGAACGCCGACCCGGUCCUCAUCUCCCUGAAGCACGGCUACAUUCCCGGCAAGAACAGGGAUCUCAAGGUGGUCAAGAAGAACAUCCUGGACAGCAAGCCGGCCGCAAACAAGAAGGGCGAUCUCAUCAGUGCUCCCAAGAAGACCACAGACACGGCCAGUGUGCAAAACGAAGCCAAGUUGGAUGAGAUUUUAAAAGAGAUCAAAUCCAUAAAAGACACAAUCUGCAGUCAAGACGAGCGCAUUUCCAAGUUAGAGCAGCAGCUGGCCAAGAUGGUGGCCUGAGGCCCGGCCCCUCCGCAGACGGCGGCUGCUCGUUGGCUCCUCCGAGGGAGGGCGGACGGGGAGGCACUGCCAUUGGAGACAUUCCAUUUCAGAUCUGUCCGCCAGCGAUAGGCCACAUUCCAGCAGGAACGCAACUCCUCUCCCAGAUUGGCGAAAAAUGAAAGCUGAGCUUUUAUCAGGAAGCUGGCGGGUGUUUGACAGGCCCAGGGACUUGUUGAACUUGACUACAUUAAAACGCCAGGUGUUCUGAAUUUUAGAAACAAACCCACCCGACCCAGUGUCCCGCCCUCACACCUUUUGAUGAGUGGGGCCGGUGCCACCUUCGCUCUGUGUAUUUCUUCCUUUUGAAUGUUGCCAAAACCAAAAGUAGCUUUUGUUCUUUGUAUUUUGCUACUUUGCAGUAUUUGUGUGGUUGGUUCUUUUGGGUUCUCUUCCUCCUUAAUUUGAAAGGGACAGCACUGUGUGUGUUUAUAAACUCAAGGAAGAUGGGAUGAUUAUUUUGUAUAGUCUCACAGGAACAAUCGGUGUGGCCACACGGUGCUGGCUUACUCACAGCACAAGUCUGGUCAUCUAAUGACUGCCCAGCAGGACGACUUGAGGACCCACACGCCACCCUCCAUUCCCCUGAGUCUGCGAUCAAACAGCUCUCACCCCCCUCUCUCCCCCUAGGAGUGGGUGGUUGUUCAGAUGGAUUUAGCGCCUUGAUGCGUCACGUGAUUAUAAUCUAACCCAAACUAGCACACGUUUCUGCAGUUUUGUUCCACGCAGACUCUGUCGCGUCCAUCCCCUCCAGCAUUUUGGUUCGGUUCUGGUCCAUAUUGGACAAGGGCACCCAAGACCAGGGGAUGCACAGGUGUUGAGUGUUCUUGUCCAUCGAAGCAGCUCACCUGGCCUCUGGGCAUGGUGUGGGGCUUGAACCCAGGAGCUGUGAGCAGAGCCUCUGCCUGGCGGUCCUCUGCUCCUCUCUCUGCUGCCUCCUCUUCCCAGGCGCCUAGCCAGUCCUAUCUGUCUACUGCCUGUCAGGCCUAAUCAGUCCACAGGAUGUGACCUGAGGGCUCUGGAACAUUGAGGCUGAGGGAAGAGUCCAGAAAAAAGGAGAAAGGGGGUGUGGAGACAGGCUGUAGCUCCCCAUGCACAGGCACGGUCCACUGUGCCACACAAAUCAGGCUGCUGUUCCCCGGCGUUGACCAUGGCUGUGUGUGGCACAGCAGUUCCCUGGACCUGCGGAAGACAGGCUGAACCGUCCCUGCCUCCCAGGGCGGCUGGAGCUCAGCUCCAUUUCACACCCUUGUGUUGAUGUUUGUGAAGGCAGACGACCAGAUAGCGUCCUAGGGAUGGUGGAAGGCAGGCCUUGGCAUGUGUUCGUGCUGGUGUGGGCACAGUGCUGGAUGCAGGCAGAUCCACAGGGUAUCAGGACGGGCAGAGCGUGGUGGUAGCUGCCUGGAGUGUGGACUGACUGGGCACUGUGAUAGGAAAAGGCUCUCAGCCACCCACACAGGCUUGCUCGCUCCACAGCUCCAGGGCAUCUGAACCUUUGUGGUUUGUGUGUGUGUCCUGUGUUUUUAAUGUCGAAGUGGAUGAUGGGAUGUAAAGAAAACAUUAGUGACUUGCAGACACACCGACACUGUGUACCAGUGUGUUCUGCUGGGGGCCUUUGUUUCGAGAUUCAGAAAUGCUCUGGAGUCUGGUCGGAUUAAUUACGUAGCAGUUGUUGGCGCUGGUGAUGAAGCGCCAGAGGGAAGGUGGUUCAGAGAGAGGAAGGAACGAGGAGAAGCCGGGGACCACAGUGUGUGCCAGGCUCAGAGUCGGCGCCUGGCCCCUCGUGGUGGGUUCCUUUUCCCUGUUUUGUCGCCGUCUUCUUAAGCCGUGACACCAGAGGGCAGUGAACUGCUCCCAGGUCCGCUCUUAUAGAGUGGCCCUAGCGCUCUGUCAAACACUCGCUUCCAUUUUCAAAGAUAAAAGACCUUGAUUACA